CUCCCUCCGAGGCUUCAAAAGCAUCUCCGCCUGCCUCGCAACCCAUCUUGCUCACCCUUCCCCACGCGUUCAGCCCCAACUGAAAGCUCUUCCUCCCUCGUCCUCCUCCCCUCGAAGUCUUCUGACACCAAACUCACACCUCCUGGCUUCCCCCUUCGAACCAAAACACCAAAUGGAGAAUUCGAACCAGAACGAACAUGACUACGAUCAGCUUCCGCCAAGGCAGAACAGCCUUCCCCUUGCUGCUGUUGCCAUUCCACUGUGUGCUGCCCAGUUGAUGGGGACUCGCCACAUGAGAGGCAAGGUCAUGCAGCUGUUGAGAGAUCCUCACGUGUGGCUUCCAUGGAAGAACAAGAACCCAUGGAAGAACCCGCUUCAGUCCUGGUGGCACAACCCUCACCCUUGGAUCAACACGAAGCCAUGGAAGAACAACAAUCCCUGGCACCCUGUCACAGGGCAGAAGCUUUCCGUCUGGAAGAACCCUGCUCCGUGGAAGAACCCUGCUCCGUGGAAGAACUCGAACCCGUGGAGCCCUCCUCCUUCUGGCGGAGGCAUGAAGGCUUAAGUCGUCUAUAACUGUGUGUUCACUUACAAUGUGCAUUAGUGUGCAAUAAAACUGUCUUUACUUCA